CUGCUGUGUGGAAUGCGAUCUGGUCGAAGGACAUGACAAAAUGUCCAAAGGAGUUCGCGUCAGCCAUAGAAACGUUGCAGAGCCACUUGCCAGGUCAUCCGAGCUUGCAGUGGCCACCUCUUCGAUUCCCCGAGGACGCAGUGCCGCCGCUGGUUCCUCCCACCGCCCCUUCUGGAGCCGUCGCAUCGCCCAAUUCUGGGGCUCCGGCCAUUCGAAUCAUGGUACCGCGUCGUGCAACAACUGUUGCAACACGACCAGCGGCCCCGCCGUCUGCGCCGCUGGCUGGGACACGAGGUGCUCGCGAUGUGGGAGUUGGUCGUUCCACGCCAACCAACAAGCCCCCGCCUCUGAGGGAUGGUGUGGGCUCUGCGACAUUUGACGAGGAGAGCACACGUGCAUUUAUUGAGAGUCGCAGGUGGGGGGGGAGUGCCGGCAGUUCAGCGCCCUCGCUCGCCCCUGUUUUCAGGAGUGCUAGGCAGUCAGAUGCCGCACGGGGUGGUACUGCGGUGGCACCUGGCGCAUCACCCCGCAGUUCGUCGGAGCACCCCUGGCUGCCACCGCCACCGUCGAGAGCAGCGCAGCGUCCAAUGGUCCACCACGCUCACGGAACCGCCCACCCGGAUCCGUUAUACGCACCUGCAGAUGCUCGACAUUCUGCUUCCGUGCCUCGUUUCGGGGAACAGGUGGAUCAUGGGGUGCCUGCCGAGGAGGUCCCCGCUCCGGUGUCCGAUUCAUCGCCGACCCCUGUUCCGACAACCACGGGCGGUGGUCGGUCUGCCCCACAGCCUCCACCCGUGUUGACCGAAACGUUAGACCCUUUGCAGCGCAUUCGUGACCUUGCAGCCGCCCAGAGCGCGACACCUGUGAGCCCUGGCGGGUUGUUGGAUGCUGGGGUCCUCAGCGGGAGAGCUAUGACGGGACGAUGUCGGGGCACUUACAGGCAGCAAGCCGUCACGUUAUAUUAUUCGGACCCCUUGGAGCGCGCAUGGAAUCUGCAAAUCAUGCGGUUCAUCGUCGAGAGCGGGAUGUCGUUCAAUAGCAUGAAGCUUAAAAGCUUCAAACGCAUGUUCACGAUGAUAAUCCCGUCGGGGGUUCAAGGGGCGCCCACGCCUAGACUUCCCUUGUACCAUAUGCUGCGCACGACCCUUUUGGACGAGCUGGAUGGUGAGGUCCAGAAGUGUGUUCGGCCGGUGCUUGACACGUCGAGAGAGACCGGUUUCACAAUCAUGACCGAUGGUUGGACCAACAUCCGUGGUCAGACGUUGUGCAACUACCUUGUUGGUACAGAGAUCGGGGUGGUAUAUGUGUCCACCGACGUCAUGCGUGGCAAAAAGGACACUAGUGCCCUCGCGAACGCAUGGUUGAAAAGGGUGAAGUCCAUGGACGUUCAAUUGAACGACAUCACGGCGUUCGUGACGGACUCCGCCGGGGUGAACGUCGCGGCGAUGGAGGACAUCGGCGGGAUUGAUUGGGUGGCUUCCUGCAUUUCUCAAGCGAGGUUGGUUACAAGGUUCUUCAAGCGCCAUGGACAUGCGAGAGAGGUUCUUGAGGCACACUCGACAAAGACUCUUCUGCUACCGGCGGAGACGUGUUUCGGCACGAACGUCAUCAUGAUGGAGAGGCUGGUGGCACUGCGGGCCGCGUUGACAGAUGUUGUGGCCGACGAUCGCUGGCGCGAGACUGUUUGGUCGACCAGCAAGAUCGGCAAGGAUGCAGCGGAGGUCACUGCAUGUAUCGGCUCCCCUCCAUGGUGGGAGGAUUUGAGAGCUCUGUGCAAGAUGCUAGAGCCCAUCAUGGGCAUGCUGAAGUUGGUGGACAGCGACACACGCCAGAUCAGCAAGAUUCUGCGACCGCCGGUUGUUGGCACAGAGGAGGAGACGGAGUUCGGGGGACCCGGUCCACUCCGCCAGGCGCAGACUCGGUGCACUCCAACAGGCGCCCCAGUCCACUCCACAGGAGCGGGUUUGGAGGACGGCGAGGCACGACGUAAGCCGCCUCCUCACACGAGUGACGGCGGUCUAGAGGAGGGAGAGGUUGCACCCACUCCCACUUGUGGAAAGGACGGGGAGGACGAACGUCCUCCGACGGACCACCACGUCGGCCUCGACUACUCGCCCGACAGUCUUCCGCCCACUGACGAGCUAUUCACCAUGGAUUCCACCUUGGCAUCUCUGCCCGAUAUAUCGCUACUGAUAUCUCCCACUUUGCCGGUUGUGGCACCACCGGAGCCUGCUAGACGAGAUGACGCGCGUCGUGACAGAGGGUUCGACGAGUUCGGCGGCGACACGAUACUGCAUCCUCCAGAGUCCGGCACUCCCGCCAUUUUUYAUGUCGGUGCACCGUGGGCGGUGGAGCAGGGGUUGGCGGAGGAGGUAGCACGGAACCGUCGUGGUGGACCGCACGUCGCAGCUCAACGUAGUCUGGAAGGUUCACUAGAGGCAGCGUCUGGAGAUUUUUUGGCGCAGGGGGGUCAUGGUUCGCAACUGUUAUCGGACGGCGUGUCAUCAGUCCAUCCAUCAGAGGAGGGCCCGCAGCAAGAGCCACAUCGAGGGCCAGCGGAUACUUUAGAGGCGAGGCCUCCCGGAGUUAUCUGCUCGGACGGAGGCGAGGGCGUGAGCGAGGAUACAGCGCAGCCAGGGAGCGCAGAUGGUGGACGGUCCUUCAGGGGGGGCAUCGAGCGCAGAGAGUCAUCGACCUCACACCCCAGCAUUGUCAGGCCCAUCACACGUGACGUUGGAGACGGGCACACAGAUGAGCCUCGACCGCAUUUGACGGGGAUGCGUGACAUUAUGUGUCCACUACCCUCACGCCCCUCUGCCACUGAUCCUGCCGCCCACGGGCAGGCCGCGCCGAGCGCAUUGCCUACGAGGUCGUUCUACAGUGCGGGCAUGGACCGGAGGGCGGGCGAUAUCGGACAGACAUCAGCAUAUGGACCGACAGAUGUGCCCGCGAGGGCGCGAUCGAUCGACAACGUCGAUGGCACUUGUCAUGAUUCCAUGAGAGCUUACGAGGAGCAGCAUGGGAGGCCUAUACGGGCCAAGACGAGCGAUGACAACGACACCAGGACGGCAACUGCGAGGCUGUCACGGGCGAGGAAGAAGGGAACAGGUGUGUCGAUUCCGUAUCACCGGCGCCGCCUGCAUCCUUUUUCCCGCAACAGGGACGAGACCAGACAGAUGCCAGCUGCCGCCGAUGGAUAGGGGGGGGCGGAGGGAGGUGACAGAGUGGACGAAGCAGGUCGAGGUGAGAAGAGACGAGGCGGCACGAUCAUCCUCCACGA